GAUGCAGUACAUAGAGCUGUGUAGGUCGUAAACCGAGUGUUCGAAUUUUAUAAAGGUCAUCUCUGUACACGCUUUACACAAUAAUAUAUUGUAGUACGGAGUUAAACGUCAUGUACAAACAGCAGCCCCGCGAUGUGCGGAAACUCUACUUUCAGGAAGCCCAAAUUGAACAUGACCGGAUCAUCAGUCGUGCCUGGCAGAGUAAAUACGGCCGCCUACUGGACGAGCAAACCGAGCGUAUCGGCACGGUGAACGUGGUGAAACCCGGAUGGUGGAAGGAAGCUGACUACAAUAUCUCCGACAGCGCCAAGAUCGCCCGCGACAUUACCGUUCUCCUCCCGCGUAUCAACUACCCGCCCCGGGUGCGCCGCUUCCCGCCGCACCAGCCCCCGGGACCGGAGGUCACGGAGCAUAUCCCGCCGUUGUCCCUGCAGUACCCGGUGCCGGCGACGGAAAAAGCGCCACUGACUGAAUACCACGGCCGAUUUCAAUAUUUGAAAAAUCGCUGGGCGUUGCCGAUGAAUCAGCGUUUUAUCGUUCCACCCAACGUCAACGGGGAAUAUGGUUGGGAGAAUGCCGGGCAGGCCGGGAAGUCACAUGAGGAGACUCCCAAGAAUUUCGGUGUGCGGCCGGUGCUCGCCAGGGAGUUCUACCGGCAGACGGGUGUUGUUAAUCAUAAAGAAAGCAAAGUCAAACUUGACCUUAGUGCACGAUAACCGUUGCUAGUAAACCGCUUCUGAACGUAUACUUAUAUAUUCAGUUUUUGAUGCUCUAGCAGCUUAUGACUAUGUACAUAACAUCCAGUAUCCGGUUAUGUGCAGCGUUACGUUAAAUCUCCCGUUACGUGUAGCGCUCAC